GCAAGCAAGGCGAGGAUUUAGCCACUACGCUCUCUCUCCCCUCUUCUUGGCUUCUGUACCCCUCUGCUAAGCUCUUCCCUGGGGCAGCCAUUUGGUCUAGCAGCUAUGACACCUGCCUUUCACAUCAGUGUGCCAGGGUUCGGUUCCUGGUUCCUGACUGCAGCAGGCCCUGGGAGGCAGUGGUGAUGACUCAAGAGACUGUGGCCCCGGUAGCCAGGUGGGAGAGCCCGGGGAGGAGAGCCCUGGGCAAAGAGCCCCGGCUGCUGUGGCCAUUUGCACAGCCAACCAAAGCAGGGUGACUCCCUCACGCUGUGUCUCUGCCUCUCAAAUAAAUAAAUAGCAAUUUUCUUCAAAAAAUAAGGAAAUUCUAUCUUUGCCAAAGGCCCCCGAGCAGCCUUCCGGUUUGGGGCUGGCAGCAGCCUGUGGCCCCUCUGUGAUUAUUCUCAGAUCUGUGUGUUCCACGGAGAGGAUGGGGUGGCUGCAUUGGGAAGCCGCCCCAGCCCCGCAGCAGCUCUGUUUGAAGCAGCAGGAGAGUGGGAUGUGGCCAAAACACCUCCAACUUCCUUUUAUUUUUUUUUUAAAUAAAGAUGUAUCCAUCUUUAUUAGAAACACAGAUUUCCAGACAGGAGAGACAGAAAGACCUAUCUGCUGUUCACUCCCCACGUGACUGCAACAGCCAGAGCUGAUCCAAAGCCAGGAGCCAGAAGCCUCUUCUGAGUCUCCCUGCAGAUGCACCUGUAACUUUCAUUUGCUGUGGCGCCUUGGAGUCAGCCCACCCAGACAAGCCCCCAUCCUGAUGUGGGUCGUUUGUGUGCCGGUCCUGUCUGGGAUGCUGAAUGUGGAUGGUCUGAGGACUGUACUUCAGGAGCCCUGGGGCCUGAAGCCCACAGUGGCAACACGCCUUCUCAUGAGUGACUGCUGGUCUAGAAGCUUCCUAGCCCACACUUAGCCUGUUUUCUUUCCCUCCAGAUUUGGCGCUGGGGCCACCGUCUCAGUUUCAGGCUGUGUGGGACACCUGGAUGGGCCCUCUUUGGGCAGUCCUUGUGGUCACUUGUGAAAGGCAAGUGCUGGUUUCUGUCCCUCUGGCAGGGAAUAUGUGUGUGCAGGCUCUGCCGACUGAGGAAACACCUGCAGCCCCCCAGAACCUGAGACAGGUUUAGAUGCCAGCUUGCAGAAUCUUCGCUGUAACCUGUCCAGGACCGGGUGCUUUAUUUCCGACAGUGGAGAAUAGUGAGGCUCCGGUUGCGCACUGAAGUCACAGCAGCUGAUGCGUCGCUGGACAGGGGUCUAUCCGAGCGACCCAAAACCUUUUGUUUCCCCUUGGCUUCUGCUCUGCUUGUGAGAAGCCGCACUCCGAACUCAUGAAAUCCGAAUUGUGUGGAGUUGGACCGAGAUUCCUGGGGUUUGGCUCCCCAGGUAUCCCCAGGGCGCGCAGCCGAGUGCAGCUUCAUCACGUGGAGCCGAGGCACACCGUCUCCCCGAGGACACUCCCAGGUGCCUCAGUCACAGCCCAGACCUACUACUCAACGAAACCAAAAAAAGCAAAAGCCAACAAGCGCACGCCGCGGCUCGUCCCCCUCCCCCCGGGCGGCAGGCCUGAGGGAGGGGCUCGCGUCUCCGGCCCUGCGGCUCAGGUGUGGCGCGGCGGCAGGAAGCCACCCCCUCCGGUGGGCCGGGGCGCGGGGCUGUUGCGCCAUCGGCUGGGCUUUCGUAACUGCACCCUGGGACCGCCAAGAGACGCUCCAGCGCGAGUUCCUCAAAUGUUUUCCAGCGUUGCCAGCACUCGUCGGCGGUUCUGAGUCAUGUGCAAGUGGGAAGUCGCGCUGACACCGAGCUCGGCCUCCGGGAGCAGCGCGGAGCGCCGCGCCGGGCCGAGGGACUCGCGCCGUGCACCUCGCGCCCGCCUGCGGGGCAUGGGAGCUGCCUUCGGGGCCCGAGCCCACCCUGCCGUGGCCGCUCUGUUUCCGCCCGCCUUUCUGCGAAUGGGGGUGACCCUCGGAGGAGGAAGCAAGCUGGCAGUUCGUUGCGCAUUGCUGGCCGCCCUGCUGGCCGCGGGGGCCGCGUCGCUGAUCCCGGGGGCCUGCCUCACGCUGGAGAUGGGGAGCCAUGUGGUGAGCAGCCAGCUUGGGGCCAACGUCAACUUGAGCUGCCCAGCCGUGGACCCGGCAGCCAACGUCACGGUGCAGUGGCUGCUCCGCAGUGUGGCAGAGAGCACAGUGCUCCGCCAGUGGGCUGGCGUGGGCGGGAGACUGCUGUUGAAGUCGGUGCAGCUCCAAGACUCAGGAAACUACUCGUGCUACCUGGACGACCACCCCGCCGGGUCUGUCUACUUGCUGGUGGAUGUUCCCCCGGAGAAGCCCCGUGUCUCCUGCUUCCGGAGGAGCUUCGACAAGCCUGUGACUUGCGAGUGGCAUCCACAGAGGCCGCCGUCCGCAACAACUAGGGCCAUGCUGGAGGUGAAAAAGUACCUGAACAGCCAGGUCACAGACCUCCAGGAGCCGUGCCCGUAUUCUCAGGAAUCACAGAAGUUCUCGUGCCAGUUGGUCCUCCCCUCCACAGACAAAUCUUCCCUCUUCGUGUCGCUGUGUGUGGCCAACAGCAUCAGCAGCACGUCCAGCCUGGUGGUGAACUUUGACAGCUACAAGAUCUUGCAGCCCGACCCACCCACCAACAUCACCGUCAGUGCUGUGUCAGAAAAGCCACACUGGCUCAGCAUCACCUGGCAGGACCCCGUCUCUUGGAACUCCAACUUCUACAGGCUGCGGUUCCAGAUCCGGUACCGGGCUGAGCGGUCCCAGGCAUUCACAGAAUGGAUCGUGGAGAGCGGCAGCCACCCUGCCUCCAGCUCUGGUGUCCUGGGCCUGCAGUAUCAAAGUUUCAUCUAUGAUGCCUGGAAGGGCAUGAGCCAUGUCGUGCAGCUCCGUGCCCAGGAGGAGUUCGAGCAUGGCUCCUGGAGUGUGUGGAGCGAGGAGGUUCGGGGCACCCCGUGGACAGAACCCAGGAGCCCCCCAGCCAUGUCCCCCUCCCCGGAGGCCUCCUCUGCUGCUGAUGACACCACUGAACUCACCGGAGAGCCUGAAGGCACCACCCACCUCCCAGAUGAUGAUUCCUCACCCAUCCCACUGUCCACCUUCCUGGUGGCUGGAGGAAGCCUGGCCUUCGGAAUUCUCCUCGGCACUGGCCUUGUUCUGAGGUUCAGGAAGGCUUGGAAGCUGCGUGCGCUGAAGGAAGGCAAGACAGCCAUGCACCCACCGUACGCGCUGGGGCAGCUGGUCCCUGAAAGGCCCAGGCCCAUUGCCGUGCUGGUACCCCUCAUCUCCCCACCCGUGUCCCCCAGCAGCCUCGGCUCUGACAACACCUCGGGCCCCAGCCGCCCGGAUGCCAUGGCCAGCUGCGUCCAGAGCCCUUAUGACAUCAGCAACAAAGACUACUUCUUCCCCAGAUAGCUGUGGACGGCGCCGGGCACAGUCCCUCCUCCUCUCGGUCAGCUCAUCUUGGGGAUUCCAAUGUUAUAGAUUUGCUGCACUGGUCAGCAAGCGUCUGCUUGCCACAGCUCUUCAGCAGGUGCCAAUGCACUUCAUUCAAAUGCCUUCAUGUGCCCAUGCUCCGCUUCACAGUGUGGCCAGGGGCUGGAAUGAGCUCACAGACUGCACUGGAGAUCUGCCUGGCUUGGACUCUGGGUGGGCAGGGGCUGCUGGUGGCCCCUAGCUGGCUCCAGACCGAGGAGAGGGGGAAGAGGAUGUGGGUCUGCAUCCAGGGCCCCACCUCCCUGACCACACAGCUCCUCGCCAGCUGCUCAGAAUUUGCCUCCAGCUCAGACGCCUGGAACCCACGUGCCUUCGCUGUAUCAAGACAGCUUUUCCUUCAGCCUCCCCCGCAGGGAGGAGAAUGUUUUUUCUUCUGCUCUUUCUCCCCUACACUUGAAGAACAGCUGGUGAGGAGUGGGGGCGGGGGUAGGGAGACAGGGUGGAGGGGAGCCAUACUUUCUCAGGGCCUGAUGGUUCUAAAGGGAAUGACAAUCAGCUUCUUAGUAGCCUCUUGCUCAAUGUGAAUGGCAGGAAUCGGGAGCAGCCUCGUGGGGGUUGAUCUCCCUUCAGUACUCAGGACUUGCAGGGUUACCAGGGUGCCCUGGAGCAAUGGGGGUGACACUGGCCUCCAACAAGCCUUAUCCUUGGUCCAUGGUCCUCCAUGUACCCGGACAAGGAAGAAUGGUCCACGAUGGGCUCCAGAGGGGCUCACCCUCCAGCUUCCAUUAACUCCACUGCCAUGGCAGAGCCUGCAGGAGAGGACUAAGGAACUGGGCAAGAAUGUGUUUCCAUAAAGCCUGCUAAUGAUUUUCUCCGGACAGGCUGGGGGAGACCCGGGUCUGAAUGAAUGCUCGUGGGCACGGGGUGUGGGGUGGGAGUCAGAAGCAGCUUGGGAGCCCCAAGCCAAGAUCUUGUUUCAUUCUGUCAUCCUAUUUUGUCUUAAAAUGUGAAAAACAGCCGGGUGCUUCUCUCCGGUAAGGAGGAAGGGAGCCGGUGGCAGCUCCUGCAGGUGACGGCCACUGGAGGGUGGGGGCCCUGCCGUGACACAGGCGUCCCUCCCUCCAGACAAGGGCCCUAGGAAUUCCCCAGCUCGAGGGCCAUUCAAAAGCCCCUUCUUAGGGGCCUUCCUGUUUGUAUUUGGUUCCUCAGCAGGCAGCUUGGACCAGGGCAGUGACUCCCCACGGGGCUUUUAUCUGGACUUUGGGAGUACAAGAUGGCUGCAGCUUAUUCACCCUGGGGAGCUGUAUUUUACACAGGUCUUGCCACCUUGGGAUCCACAUUUACCAGACCACACAAGCUUUGCAAAAAAAAAAAAAAAACCAACCAAAACCCACACACACACACACACACACACACACACACACACACACACACACCCCAAGAAACCAGCCACCACUGCCAGGCAGGCAGCUGUGCUUUCCCUUGCCGCACUGCCAGCCGCAAACCACGGCUGUUUUCAAAGCCAGCCGUGGUUUUCUUGCUUGGCGCUGUCUGUCCAUUUCAGACCCUGAUGCUGCCUCGUGGCAAUCAAAGCCAGACAAGUGUUUGUGAAUUUUUACUUUUUUUUUUUUUUUCUUUUUCAAGUUUCCAGGACUUGAGAGUAACACACACACAAACACUGCUGUUACAGGGAAAUGUUGAACGAUACAAAUUUACAUGAGGACAGGUGAGCACGUGCCCACCUGUGGCCCUUCCCCGGGUCUUCCCCACGCGUCACGGCUCGGCUGAGCUGAGCUGGUGGGAGAUGUGAAAUGCACUGUUUCUGAUGGGCUGUGCAGCCUCCAGCAUGUUACUGCUUUCAUUAUGAUUGUAAGGAAACUGAUUGCUUUUAUUAUUUUUUUUUUUCCUUGUACUGGAGAGGGUUCUCCCCUCCCCCCCUUGUUUAUAAGCUAAGCGUCAAUGAAGGAAAAGCUCUUGCUCCAAGCACACAGGGAAACACCAGGAACUUCCUCUGUUCCCCAUUCUGAUGUGGCUGAACCCCUGUCUCUGGCUCACUCACUGGUGUCUGCAGCACCCAACUGGUCCGUUCCUAACAGCCGGAGCCCUCAGCCGUGGAGGAUGCUGGGACAGAGACCCCGUAGAGCAUCCGCCCGAGGGGGCAUGGAAGGCCGGUAGAAUCAUGUGGAUGGGGUCCUGCCAGGGCAGCCACAGGUGAUUGGAAAUUCAGUACAUCUGCUGCAGGCUCAUUUUUUUAAGGUGAUUUUUUCAUAAGGCACAUCAGUGAGAUGAUCAGUAUCUGACGGUUCCCGCCUCUCUAGCCCCUGCUGGAAGAAGCAGCAGCAGCUGAACGAAUGCUCACGGUGGAAAGAGAAGGGGUCAUUGGUUCUCAUAGCAUUAAUGGAAUCUCUAGGACACAUUUCAAGGGAGCAGAGUUUGAUGUGUCUGGAGGGUUCGGCUGUGAUGGGGCCUUGUUCGUGGGCGGCCUUGUUUGCCCACACCCUGAGCUCACCCUGGGUCCCUGCCAUUCCCCUGCUGUGGUAAGGCCCAUAGCUGCUGCUGGAGCUGCGGUGAGCAGGGCAGGUGGCAGCCCAUCAAGGUGAUGGCCACCGCCUGUGCAGCUGCCGCUGGAUGCCCAGGCCUGGCUUGCUCGCUGGCCGGCUUUGGCGCUAAGCUACAGCAGCUUGUGGCUGAUUCUUAGAGCUGACACCAGCUCCAGGGGUGUCUUACUGUGAAAGAGGCAGACACAACCUGUGAUCCUGCGGGGCACAGCUUCCUCCACCCCCAGGCUUCCGGGAAGCAGGUGGCAGCUGGACUGCUGGAGAGGGCAGGUCCUCGAAUCUCAGAGUCCAUGCCACAUGCUCUUGGACUGUCCUUUAAAUGUCCUGCCAGCAUUCUGUGUGUCCUCCAUGUGACGGCGCCAGCUCCAGGAAGUUUUAUGGCCGUUUAACAACGAAUAAGGAACAUCAUCAAUAUGCUUGCAAGGCUGGGACUGGGGUGUUGUGGAGCAAUGCUAUCAGUGAGGGGAGAGAGGAAGAGAAUCUUACUGGGUGGACAUCAUAUCUGUUCAAUAGAAUACCUCAACUCUGUAUUGUCUUUAGGAGAGAACUAGUUUGUUGUUGUUUUUAAUCUAUUUACCUGUAAGUGACUACCAAAGACAGAUGUUUGUAUAUGGGGUGAAAGGUCAGUAUAUGUUUGUCUCAAUUUUAUAUCAGCUAUUUUUGCAUUUAAAAUGAAAGUUGUAAAUAUUUUAAAUAAACGCUUUCUAAAAAGUCA